ACGCCUUCCCAGGCGCACUCCACUGAUGCUGUGAAGACAGGAGCGAUACUUAACCGGCAACAUUGCUCUUAUCGCUGAGUGUGUGAAAAGAAACACGCAAGAUGUCCUCCUAUAAUAGAUCAGCUCCACAUUCCUCCUACAAAAAGAUGUUCGGAGGAGAGAGAGCCGCGGUCAGGAGCAGCUACUCGAGCCGUCAGUUCUCCAGCCCGGUGCGCUCCUCCCGGGUAUCCUUCGGGCUCUCUUCAGCUCCGGUCAUAUACGCGAUGAAGAACCAGAGGCUCCGGAGCAGCGCAGCCAUGCCCCGGCUGGCCUCCGAGAACUUGGACUUCUCCCUGUCCGACGCCAUAAACAGCGAGUUCAUCACGAACCGCACCAACGAGAAGGCGCAGAUGCAGUCGCUCAACGACCGCUUCGCCAACUACAUCGACAAGGUCCGAUUCCUGGAGCAGCAGAACAAGAUCCUGCUGGCCGAGCUGGAGCAGCUGCGGGGGAAAGGCACGUCCCGGGUCGGAGAUCUGUACGAAGACGAGAUGCGGGAGCUGAGGCGCCAGGUGGACCAGCUCACCAACGAGAAGGCCCGGGUGGAAGUUCACCGGGACAACCUGGCCGACGACAUCGACAGGCUGAGAGAGAAGUUGCAGGAUGAAAUUGCCCAGCGGGAGGAUGCUGAGGCAAACAUGCAGAGCUUUAGACAGGAUGUGGACAAUGCAGCCCUCGCCAGACUGGACCUGGAGCGGAAGGUAGAGUCACUCCAGGAUGAAAUCAACUUCCUCAAGAAGCUGCAUGAUGAGGAAAUGCUGGAGCUGCAGAGCCAGAUCCAGCAGCAGCAGCAUGUGCAGGUGGACAUGGAGAUGGCUAAGCCCGACCUGACAGCAGCCCUGAGGGACGUCCGUCUGCAGUAUGAGAACCUGGCCUCCAAGAACAUCCAGGAAUCAGAGGAUUGGUACAAAUCCAAGUUUGCUGACCUCACUGAAGCUGCAGCCAGGAAUAAUGAUGCUUUGAGAGUGGCCAAGCAGGAGGCCAAUGACUACAGACGCCAAGUUCAAGCACUUACUUGUGAGGUCGAUGCCCUCAAAGGAACUAAUGAGUCCCUGGAGCGCCAGAUGAGAGAGGUGGAGGAGAACUUCUCCUUGGAGACGGGCGGCUACCAGGAUACCAUCGGCCGUCUGGAGGAGGACAUUCACAACAUGAAGGACGAGAUGGCCCGUCACCUCCGGGAGUACCAGGACCUCCUAAAUGUCAAGAUGGCCCUGGACAUUGAGAUCGCCACCUACAGGAAGCUGCUGGAAGGAGAGGAGAGCAGAAUCUCCACCCCUUUGCCAAACUUCUCAUCUCUAAACCUGAGAGAAACAAUGAUGGAUUCCAAACCCCAUGUUGAGACAACAACAACCAAGAAAGUUCUCAUCAAGACCAUUGAAACCAGGGAUGGUCAGGUGAUCAAUGAGUCAACCCAGAACCACGAUGACAUGGAGUAAUAAUGUCUUUGUUUUUGCCAAACAAAUAACAAAAGUAAUAUGAAGAAACACAUUUCCUUGGAGCUACAAGCAAGCAAACACACCACCAACACACAAAAAGACAGCUUCAAAAAGUGCCUUUCUAUGUGAUGACCCAGUAAGCCUGUUAGUUGACACAGACUGUAUUUUGCUUCCUCCUCUGCUGAAAGUAUUUUGUCACAUUUGUUUAGACACAACAAUGAAAUCAGCACAACAUAGCAAUCCUCACUGAGGUCUACAAAAAUCUUUCUUUGUAACCAAAGUAGUAUUUUUGAUCGACACAGCAUGCACUCUACAGUAAAACCUGUAUGCUAAAGAUGUCACAAUUACCUGUAUGCAGCAAUAAACCAUGAAGACUGUAACCCA